UCAGAUACGGAAAAAGAAGACGAUUUUGACUCAACACCAAAAGCAAGCAAAUCACAGCAUACGAGCACAUUCGUUCCCAGUAGCUCAUCUCAAGAGAUUUUCUCGUUAGGAGAUGUAGUUUAUAUCGAAUCCAAUCUCACCAGGCCGCAUCUAGGUAUUCUGACCGACAUUCUCACCUCGGAAGAAGCAGAAGAGGAAAAGGAAGGCCAGACAAUCCUCUGCAAGCUACGCUAUCUGUAUUGGCCACAAGAUGUCAGUCAGGUCACCAGCGCAAAGCUCUCAAAUUUGGUAGACAAUGAUGAAGUGUACUACACCCAUCAAGCACCUAGACUGCUGGGAAAGAGGCGGACGAAGAACUCAUCACGAGGCGGCAAAGGUGGUGAAGCAUUGACGGAUAACUUUGAGCAUGGUCCAUCACUCUUAAACAUGGUGGUAAAAGCAGAUGCAAUCCUUGGCAAAGUUACAAUGCAUUCAUCUGCUUCAAAUUGCAGGAAAGCAGUUGCAAGCUCCCCUUCUCGACAAAAUGGCGUAUCAUUCAAACGUAAGCGGAUGCCUUCCCAUCUGUUUGUCAAACGCGCAAUCGAUCCACAAAGGGAAGUAUUUUGGAACGUUGAUUGGGAAGCGGUUGUUCAACGUGGAAAGAAGAAUGGCAAGUGGGACCUUGCUGAAGGGGAUGAUGAGAUACGCAAGCGAAUGGAGGACAAUGAACCAAAAGCAACUACCACACCUCUAACAACCCCAGGCAAGAAUGCGAACGAAUGGGCAAAAAUGCUGGCAAAGGAAAAGGGAAUCACAUUGAGUUCCACGGCAAAAGAUCGUCAAGAGAUCAGAAAGCAAUUGGAGGCUAAACGUAUUGCUGCACUACUAGACACGCCAAGCAAGAGAAGACAAAAGCGAAUGAGAGAAAAGGAAGAAAGACGAAUGGCAAGAGCUACUGGCGAUCGACCGCUAAAACCAGCACGGCUGAAUCGAAACAACGACAGCGCAUUAAGUAGCGCAGAAAGCGUAAGCGAUUUGUACGAAAGUGAUUCAGACGAAAGUGCUACUUCUGUCACUUCUGAUGAUGAUUUCGCUUUGGAAGAAGAAAGUGAAGCGGAAAGCAUGCUGGAUAUCGAUGAUGCUCUAUUCAUGGAUGAUGAAGAUGAACAUGAUUGGGAUACUGCUGUACGUCGGACUCCAAGUAAGAAGCGAAGGGCAGGCUAUGCGCCUACAACUCCACGAAAGCGUAAAUUGUUGGAUGGCUUGACAAGCUCACCCGUGAAAGCUAUGGCGACACCCAAAUCAAAGAUGCGUAUUCUGGGCACGGUGUCCUUGGCACCAACAGCAUUGCCUGCUCGUCCAAAAGCAUUGGAUGCACUCCCAAUCAAAGAAGUUGAAAGCAUGACAGCCAAACAAAGAGCAAAACGUCUGUUACACGUCGGAGCAACACCUGAAUCACUUCCAUGCAGACAAGACCAAUUUGAAGAAGUGAUGGCAUGCUUGGAAGAUGCGGUUGAAGAUGGUUUGGGAGGUUGCGUUUAUGUUUCCGGAGUACCAGGAACGGGUAAAACGGCAACAGUACGUGAAGUGAUUCGAAAUCUUCAAAAGCGAUCAGAGAGGAAUGAAGUAAGUCCUUUCAAUUUCGUCGAAAUCAAUGGAAUGAAAUUACAAGACGCACAUGAUGCUUAUGGUGUUCUGUGGCACUCAUUGACUGGGAUGCGUUGUUCUAAUGCGAAUGCACUACACCAUCUUUCUCAACAUUUCGGAGCCCGUCAACGGUCUAGCAACAAGCUCGCAAUCACUCCCUCUUCAAUGAUGGGACCUGGACGAGCAACAACAGUUGUCUUGAUGGAUGAAUUAGAUCAAAUGGUCACCACACGUCAAGAUGUCAUGUACAAUAUGUUCAAUUGGCCAAACAGUCAAGACAGUAGAUUGGUGGUUGUUGCGAUUGCCAAUACGAUGGAUCUGCCUGAACGUAUCUUGCAUGCAAAAGUUGCCAGUCGAUUGGGAAUGACACGAAUCACAUUUAAACCGUAUAACGACCGUGAACUGGUUCAAAUCGUUCAUGCACGAUUAGGAAUUCAAACGGGAGAACCGCCGCACCAACUUUCACCAUUCACACAAGGCUGUCAAAGAGUUUUCGCUCCUGAAGCUUUAGUGUACCUUGCCAAACGUGUUUCAAACGUCUCCGGUGAUGCACGUAGAAUGCUGGACGUUUGUAGACGUUCGAUCGAUGCUGUUGAAGAAGGUACAAAAGUGGUACACCUCGAUCAACCGGUAACGAUCGGAGAAAUGAAAAAAGUAUUGGAUGCAAUGGUGAAAUCCGGUAAAGGCGCACACAUUGCACAUUUAUCACUCCAACAAAAGAUGACAAUCGUUGCAAUUUUGGCUGCCGUUCGUCGUGCUGGAAAAGCAGAAGUGGAUUUAAGCACAAUCACAAACACACAUGCAAGCCUUUGUAGAAUGCAUGCAAUUCAACUUCAAAACGAAUCCAAGGUUGGCAUUCAUCGAGUCGUAUACGAUGAAGAUGAUUUGGGUAGAUUGACGAGUAUGUCUUACCUUAUCAAUCACCUUUGCGCUUUAGGUUUGGUGAUUGCCGUUGGAACAGGUGCAGCGGCCGCAAGAAGUGGAAGGUAUGCACGUUAUGUUCUAACAUGUGCAGAAGAUGAAGUUCGUCUUGCAUUAGAACAAGAUGAGGAUGUUCGUUUACGCAAUCUUUUGUAA